AUGAAAGAUAAACGUAUUUCAUCUUUUUUGCUUGCUGAUGAUUUUGCUUCCGCAGCAAUUGUAAGUUGCUUUGCUUUAGCGGGAAAUUUUACCAUUCUUGGUGAUGGUGAAGGACAAGGUUCAUUCUCAAUAACUUUUACUUUUCGGGUUCUGGAAAGUAACUAUGCUACUAAUUUGUUUUCAAAAAUCGGUUUGCUAGCAUUUUCUUCUGGACAGUUUCAAUUAAAAAUCACUUCGGUUUCUUUGUCUCACAUACAGGACAAUAGCAUGGAGGUGGUGGAUAAUAAUAAAACUGAGGUUACGAUUGUGAUGACAAACAGAUAUAAUACAUUGAUAGUGGUGACGGAGUUACAUUUGAGGAGACCUUAUAUGGGAUCUCUAUCGUAUGAUAUUGCAAAUAAAUUAUGGACACCACUCAAAACAGUAUAUAAUGAUCAUUCUUGUUUUCCUACAAAAAACUUUGUCCUCGCUUACGCCAUUCUCAUUUCUGUUGCUUUGACCACUGCCAAUCCUAUUAAACGAGGUAGCGGUAAUGGAAACGGUAAUGGCAACGGAAACGAAGGUAGCCUCAAUGGAAACGGCAAUGGAAAUCUCAACGCGGGUAAUGCUAAUGGAAACUUGAAUGGCAACGGAAACAAAGGUAGCCUCAAUGGAAACGGCAAUGGAAAUCUCAACGCGGGUAGUGCUAAUGGAAACUUGAAUGGCAACGGAAACAAAGGCAGCCUCAAUGGAAACGGCAAUGGUAACGGAAACGAGGGUAUUGCUAAUGCAAACUUGAAUGGCAACGGAAACAAAGGUAGCCUCAAUGAAAACGGCAAUGGUGACGGAAACGAGGGUGAGGUGUUAAUCGUUGAAUAA